UUAAAAUUGUGACUUUAGUGUGUUAGCGAAGUGCUUUUUAUAUUUCUUAUCAAAUUGUGGAGUUUUAAGUGUCUUGCAGAAAAUUGUAGUGGCAUAACAGUUAAUUCAUUAAUAGUGUGCAAUUGAAAAAUGAACAACGAGGUCGAAGAUUUGAAGAAAGUGCACGAGCCGUUUCAAUUAUACAAAGCGAGAUGGGUGGUCCUUUUCUUGUCAGCCGCCGCUUCCGCAAUUAGUAAUAUGCAGUGGAUGCAGUAUGGUAUUAUUGCAGAUGUUCUUGUGUUUUACUAUGGAUUAUCAUAUUCUUCAGUCAAUUGGUCAUCCAUGAUUUUUCUGCUCGUUUACUUUAUUUUGGUUUUUCCGAUGAGUUAUAUCCUAGACAAGUAUGGCCUGCGUACCUCAAUGCUGAUUGGAGUUGUACUGACAGCUGUAGGCGCAUGGAUCAAAGUUGGUUCCAUAGCUCCAGAUCGGUAUUGGGUACUGCUACUCGGCCAAUUUAUAGUAGCAGUCGGUGUGGUACCUUUAAUGGGACUUAUCCCUAAAGUCGCAGCGACAUGGUUUGGACCCAAAGAGGUUUCUACUGCUUGCGGUAUUGGACUUGCAGGACUGCAGUUGGGCUUCGCUGUCGGAUUUGCAGUUCCACCAGAAAUGAUUACCAGUGAAAAUGAUAUGGCUUCCAUUAAGAAUGACUUUACUACUAUAUCUAUUGGUGUUGGCAUAAUAUCCACAAUACUAAUGAUGGCAGUGCUUUUGUGGUUUCCUGACAGACCGAAAACACCUCCCUCGCAAGCUGCCCUACAAAGUCAAGACCAAGAAAUCGACCUGUGGCACCCAGUAAAGAAACUAAUGACGAAUCGUACCUUUGUGCUCGUUUUAUUUGCAUUUGCUAUUAGUUUAGGCAUCUUUUGCACAAUUUCGACGGUACUUAAUCAACUUGUAUUGACAUAUUACCCGGACGGUCUGAAAGAUGCUGGCAGAAUAGGACUUUUGAUGAUCAUUGCCGGUUUCAUCGGUUCAUUGGCAGGAGGCCUGCUUUUAGAUCGAUUUAAGGCUUACAAGGGAACACUUGUAACAUUAUUAGCUGCGUUUUGUGCGACACUAAUUUGUCUCACCUGCAUUAUCAAUAUUCACAUUGAAUUAGUUUACGUUUCCGUAUCUCUAGCUGGUUUUCUCAUGGGGUCCAUUUGGUCUGUGUCUUAUGAAAUUGUAGUUGAAGCAACCUACCCGGAACCGGAAGGCAUAUCAGUAGGGCUUCUAAAUGGUUUGGGACAAGCAUUUGGAAUUGGUUUCACCGAACUGUAUUCGGCAUUGUUCUUCAAAAAUGAUGCCUUGGGGUCAAACAUUGCUUUGGCCUUACUAGCCUUUUUAAGUAUUAUAUUGGCAGCUUGUGUGCGAAUGGAGUUCAGAAGAGAAGCCGCCAACUUCAAGAAAAAUAAUGAUAAUUUAGGUUUUGAUGAAACAGUCUGUAGCAAAUUAUAGCUAUCAUAGUAUGUUAUUAAGUAAGUGUGACAGAGUAUUAUAGUUAGCUAUUUAAUCUAU